AGUAUGACCAGGUAAUAAUGCAAUCUCCCUUCAGUCGGUUGCUUUGAUCAUACAGUAUCUGCAAUGGCUGAAUAACGCGUUUUGGUGCCAUUUGAUUUAUCAUGUGCUUUAAUUUAGACUUGUGAGUAUGUUCAUUGUUAUAUCUAACCUCUGACAUUAUAAUUAAGAAUUGAGGAUACUCCCAGCUACUUGUUAGCCCAAAGAGAAUGCUCAGUUGCAAGCUAGGUUAGCUGACUUGCGAUCGGUUCCAGAACUGAUCUGAAACUGUACGCGACUACUGCUGUAUACCGUAUAUCUCAACCUCUAUACACGUUUUGCUCCCACCCGUCCCUAAUGGAAAUCUCAGUACUGCCAUCUAAGAUCUAUAUUGAUCCAUGCAAUCCAGCUUCCCUGUUAACACAAGGUAAUUCUCAUUCUGUUUCAUCCAUCUCUUGUGAGACUCGAUUCGUCAAUUCAUCAUUCACUUCACCACUAUUCAAACAUGUGCAUUUAUCUCUCAUUCACUAAGAGACAAACAGGAUUACAUUUUGAUGAUGGCUUCGACGUAUUCAUAGCUAAGAAACGUCAUGAAGAGAGUGACUUUUGUGCAUCUGGGUACACUGAAGGCGUACGAAAAUGAAUUGGGAUUCUUCCUUGUCUUCGGCGACAAGCAUGUGACUAGUCACGUGAUGCAUUUAACCUAUUGAUAAAACAAGUAUUUUCCUACGUGAAAAUCCAUGUUUUUUAAUUGCAGUGCAUAUUGGCUUAUAGAUCUUCCAGUGCCUUGAUAGAGCCAUUGAUUAAUUAAAAUCCUGCAUCUUAAAUAACUCCACUUGGUUUGUUUGCUCACUGUAUAUGGCUGGCUGGUUGAUUCCCCCUUUCCUUUGCACUGUAUAUCCUUUUCUGCAACUCUCGUGUUAAUAUUCCUAGCAAGGCUCUCCGGUACCGUUAGCAAAAGAUGAUGCAUAUGGAGCAAAAGAUGAUGCAUAUAUGGCAAAGGAUGAUGAAUAUAACCCCGAUCGUCACAGCUAUUGCUACUGCUUACUUUUAUUUGAUGUGUGAACAGGUUAAAGCUCUACAGUUAAUCCUAACAACUGAGGAGUGUGUAACUAUAACUUUCACCAGUCUCAGCCUAAGGUUACCAUACUUCUCUCUGUUUGCCCUAUUAAGAAAUAAAGAUACCCCUGCUAUUCCCGCUGCUAGUUGUUCUUAUUAUAAAUGUCAGCCCGCGAGAUUGUCGAGUUGCAAGAUUGGAUAGUUGACUUGCAAUUGGUUGGAGAACAGAUCUCAAGCUCUAUACAUGUCUUGCUCACACCGUUCUCUUUCUCAAAUCUUCAGUGCGUUUGUAUUCCAAGCCCCCACCCUGCCUCCCAUCACCACCACAACUCAAGAUGGUGUCGACAAAGAGAUCUCUCAGCUCCUUGUAGAGCAAGAUCUAUAUUGAUGCAUCCAAUCCAGCUUCCCUGCUAACACAAGUGCACUUGUUUUCCCUGUGUUCCGCCCGCGUGUGUUGGUGGAGCUUCUUCUGUUCCAAUGGCAGAACUGGUGGUCUCCAUGGCCAUUGGGCCACUGAUGUCCAUGCUCAAGGACAAGGUGUUUAGCUACCUCCUUGACCAGUACAAGGUGAUGGAGGGAAUGGAGGAGCAGCACAAGAUUCUCAAGCGCAAGCUUCCAGCCAUCCUUGACGUCAUCACCGACGCUGAGGAGCAGGCGACGGCACACAGAGAAGGGGCAAAAGCAUGGCUCCAGGAGCUCAAGACGGUGGCCUAUGAAGCAAAUGAAGUCUUUGAUGAAUUCAACUAUGAAGCACUACGUCGUGAAGCCAAGAAGAAGGGUCACUACGCCGAGCUUGGCGUCGAUGCAAUUAAACUCUUCCCUACUCACAACCGUGUUGUGUUCCGUCACAGAAUGGCUAGCAAGCUUAGCCGGGUUCUGCAAGCCGUUGAGGUCCUCAUAGCAGAGAUGCAUGCCUUUAGGUUCAAGUACCGACCACAGCCACCUGUGUCCAAGCAGUGGAGGCAGACAGAUUAUUUUAUCGUCGACCCACAUGACAUUGUUAGAAGAUCUAGAGACAAAGAUAAGAGGAAUAUUGUUGAUACACUACUUCGUCAAGCUAACAAUGUAGAUCUCACAGUUGUUCCCAUUGUUGGAAUGGGGGGCCUUGGAAAGACCACAUUAGCGCAGCUCAUAUACAAUGAACAUGAAAUUCAGAAGCAUUUCCAGUUGCUGCUUUGGAUCUGUGUUUCUGAUAGCUUUGAUGUGAACUCCUUGGCUAAGUGUAUAGUUGAAGCAUCUCCCAAGAAGAAUGAUGAUACUGAAAAAUCACCACUGGAUAGACUUCAGAAAUUGUUAAGUGCACAAAGGUAUCUCCUUGUAUUGGAUGAUGUCUGGAACAGAGAGAUCCAUAAGUGGGACAUGUUGAAGAUGUGUCUUCAGCAUGGUGGCACCGGUAGUGCAGUAUUGACAACAACUCGUGACAAACAAGUUGCUGAAAUCAUGGGUGCAAAUACAACCUAUAAUCUCAAUGUUUUGGAUGAUAGUUUCAUAAAGGAAAUUAUUGAGGCUAGAGCAUUCACUCCGGAGAAAGAAAAGCCUACCGAGCUAGUUGAGUUAGUUGGUGAGAUUGUGAAGAGAUGUUGUGGCUCUCCUUUAGCUGCAACUGCACUGGGCUCUGUACUUCGUGCCAAGACCAGCGUGGAAGAAUGGAAGGCUGUAUCAUGUAGCAGCAGUAUUUGCACCAACGAAACUGGAAUUUUGCCAAUACUCAAGCUUAGCUACAAUGACUUGCCAUCAUACAUGAAGCUGUGCUUUGCUUUCUGUGCUGUAUUUCCCAAGGAUUACAAGAUUGAUGUGGAAAAGCUUAUCCAACUAUGGAUAGCAAAUGGAUUUGUUCCAGAACACAAUGAAACAAAUGGAAGACAUAUUUUCAAUGAGCUGGCAUCAAGGUCAUUCUUUCUUGACAUAGAAAAAAUUAAUGAUCGUCGGAAGGAUUAUUCUAGGACUAUAUGUAAAAUCCAUGAUCUUAUGCAUGAUAUUGCAAUGUCUGUUAUGGAGAAAGAAUGUGUUGUUGCAUCUGAGAGACCAAAUCAACCCAAGUGGUUUUCAGAUACUGUUCGGCAUUUGUUUUUGUCAUGUGAAGAAACAGAAGGUAUUUUGAAUGGUUCCAUGGAGAAAAGAUCUCCUGCUAUCCAAACACUGCUAUGCGAUAGUUUUGUGUCGAUCCCAUUGCAGCAUCUGUCAAAGUACAGCUCUUUGCAUGCCUUGAAGCUCAGGACAACUGAAAAGUCAUUUGUACCGAUACCAAAGUAUCUGCAUAAGCUGAGGUACCUUGAUCUCUCAAACAGUGAUAUGGAAGCACUUCCUGAAGAUAUAAGUAUUCUAUAUAACCUACAAGUGUUGGAUGUUUCCAACUGCUGUUAUCUUGCUCGUCUUCCGAGGCAGAUGAAGUAUAUGACUUCCCUCCGUCACCUCUACACUCAUGGAUGUCGGAACUUGGAGAGCAUGCCUCCAGAACUUGGAAAACUCACUAAGCUGCAGACUCUUACAUAUUUUAUAGCAGCGGAUACUGGCCCUGAUUGCAGUGAUGUUACAGAGCUGGAGCAUUUAAACCUUGGUGGUCAGCUAGAGCUACGUCAGGUAGAAAAUGUUAGAGAAGCAGAGGCAAAAGUGGCAAACCUCGGAAAAAAGAAGAAUCUCAAAGAAAUGAGAUUAAGAUGGACUUCUGUUUCUGACAGCAAGGUGCUCAGCAAUUUCGAACCUCAUGAUGGGCUGCAGGUUCUGAAGAUAUAUUCCUACGGUGGAAAGUGUAUGGGUAUGUUGCAAAACAUGGUUGAGAUCCAUCUUUUUCAAUGUGAAAGAUUGCAAGUUUUGUUCAGAUGCGGUACAUCCUUCACUUUUCCGAAACUGAAGGAGCUUAGGCUAGAAGAUCUGUUGGAUCUUGAGAGAUGGUGGGAAAUAAAUGAGAGGCAAGAAGGACAAAUAGUAUUUCCUGUGCUUGAGAAGUUGUUUAUUAAGCAUUGUGGAAAGUUGAUCACAUUACCUGAAGCACCAUUGGUUCAAGAACCAUGCAGUGGAGGUCAUAGAUCAGUAUGGUCACCACUUCCUCUUCUCGAGAAGUUGUUUCUUAGGUAUUCUAGAAAGCUGAUAGCAUUUCCCGAAGCACCAUUGCUACAAGAAUCAUGUGGAGGUUUUCGCUCGGCAUUUCCAGCCCUACAGGUACUCAAAUUGGAGGACUUGGAGAGUUUUCAGAGAUGGGAUGUUGCAGUCAGAGGAGAACAAAUAUUGUUUCCUCUGCUUGUGAAACUAUCGAUUCAGUAUUGCCCAAAGCUGAUGGAUUUACCUGAAGCACCAAAACUAAGUGUAUUAAAAAUUGAAGAUGGCAAGCAAGAGAUAUUUCAGUCGGUAGACAGAUAUGUAUCUUCACUGACCAAGCUGAUAUUGAGAUUACAAAACACAAAAACAACGUCAGAGGCCAAGUGCACUGUAAUUGCACCUGUGGACAUCAACGAGAAAUGGUUCCAGAAAUCUCCUCUUACAUUUAUGGAGUUAGGAUGCUGCAACUCAUUCUUUGGAUCAUUUGCACUAGAGCUGUGGGACUAUUUUAUACAUCUUGAAUAUUUGUCUAUUAAUAGAUGUGAUGUGCUUGUCCAUUGGCCUGAGAAAGUGUUCCAAAGCUUGAUAUCCUUGAAAAUAUUACGUAUUAGAAGAUGCAAAAAUCUGACUGGAUAUGCACAAAUUCCUCUUGAGCCAUCAGGAUCUGAACCGAGUCAACACCUGCCACGUCUCGAGGUUCUUCGUGUAUAUGAAUGUGAAAGUUUGGUAGAGAUGUUCAAUGUCCCAGCAUCUCUCAAGGUUCUGCUUAUUCAUGAGUGUGAUAAGCUUGAGUCCAUAUUUAGCAAGAAGCAGCAGGGCAUGUCAGAGUUAGUUCAAGGGUCUUCUUGCAUUGGGGCAAUCACACGUAUAGCUGUAUCAGAGUUGUCACCAUCACCCAUGAAUCACUUUUGUCCAUGCCUAGAAUCUCUGAAUUUAGUUCAGUGUGGAAAUUUACCAGCGGUUCUGAAUCUUCCACCAUCCUUAAAGUUCAUAAAUAUUUGUGCCUGCAGAAGUAUUCAAGUCCUGUCAUGUCAGCUGAAUGGUCCCUCAAGACCACAAGUCAGUGCUUCCAUAAAUGCACUCCCUCCUUAUCUCAGAUGUCUAUUAAUAUGGUCCUGUGACAUGUUGGGCGGGAUUCUCCGCCUGCCCACGUCCCUCACGCACCUGGAUAUUAAGAACAACAGUGGGUUCACAUCGUUGGAGUCUCCGGCGGGAGAGCCCCCAUCGUUGGAAGUCCUUAACCUUAAUGGCUGCAGUAGCCUGGCAUCCCUACCGAAUGAGCCGCAUGCAUACAGGUUUCUGAAAAGGCUUUACGUUACAGACUGCCAUGCCCUAAAGAAGCUCCCUAGAUGCCUGCAGCAGCAACUGGGCAGCAUUAAAGACAAACGUCUGGAUGCCCAAUAUGAAGUAAUGGCAUUUAAUCCGAAGACAUGGAAGGAAAUACCAAAAAUGGUCCGUGAGCGGAGGAAGGCCAAGGAGAAGAGGCGGCUUGAGCGGAAACGUGAACAGAGGAGGCAGGCCGACCUCACAAUUGAAAUACAGGAAGCUUAGCAUUGCCCAGUUAACCGAGGAAAACUGGACGAAGACCACAUAAAAAGGGCAUGCAUUAUGUUUGCUUCAAACAAUAUACGAGAUUAUGCCAUGAUUGUUAUCGGCUUUGUUGAGCUUUGACCUUCAUCUUAUUUAGAUAUUUGUAAUGUGAACAAAUUCAUCUCCUUCACCA